CACUGGACUGCAUGGAGACCUCCCUGUGGAGCUCGCGCCAUUGCUGGAAGAGUUCCCGCCCUGCUCUGCGAGCGCCCUCAGUUGUCCUCAGUGCGGCCGUCAGGGUAUUGUCCUCCUCUCUAUGGUGGAAGGUGCUUCACUCCAUUAGUAUCUGCAUUCCAGGCCAUUGGAAGAGGAAAAGAAGUAGGGGAUAUGGCCUUGCAAAACUGUACAUUUUCCGGAGAAGAAAACACAGAGGCAGAGAUUAUGGCUGCUGUGGUUUUUUCAGUUGGACCUCUGAAGCCUGAAAUUACCCAGCCACAUGAAGAUCUGCACCUUCAAGCAGAAGAAGCAGAAUUAGUAAAGGAAUCAGUGACAUUUAAGGAUGUGGCCAUAGACUUCACACUGGAAGAAUGGAAGUUGAUGGACACCACACAGAGGAAACUGCACAAGGAUGUGAUGCUGGAGAAUUACAGGAAUCUGGUCUCCCUGGGGCUUGCAGUUUCCAAACCAGAUAUGAUAUCUCAUUUGGAGAACGGAAAAGGACCAUGGACAUUGGUGAGAGAAAUUUCCAGAACCCCCUACCCAGACUUGGAGACCAAACCUGAAACCAAGAAUGCUAUGCUGACAGAGGGUAUUUUUGAAGGUUUAUCACAGGAGAUUAUACUAGAGAAACUCAGAGAGAAUGAUCUAUGGGACUCCACAAUGGGAGGAUUAUGGAAGUGGAGUGACAGAAUUUUUAGAUGGCAAAAUAGUCAAGAGAGUCAUUUAAAUCAAAGAAUAGUAACAUACUGGAAAACUCCCAUUCAUCAAAGAGGCAUCAGAUUUGGAUCUCCUCUUCCAGAACCAGGAAUUAUUACAGAAGAGUCCCAUGGAAAAUGCCAAAUAUAUAAGGAAAGUUUCACAGAGAAUUUAAAUUUGAUUGCAGAUGACCAUUUGGGGAAAAUAAUUUAUAAGAAUACAGAAGGUAACAAAGCCCUAAGACAGAUCUCAGAACUUACAUUGAAAAAAAAAUCUAAUAAUAAAGAAAAACCAUAUAAAUGUAGUACAUGUGAAAAGGCCUUUCGUUAUAGGUCAUUAUUCAUUCAACACCAGAGAACUCACACUAAAGAAAAACCAUAUGAAUGUAAUGAAUGUGGGAAAACAUUCAGCCAACCUUCAUAUCUUAGUCAACAUAAAAAAAUUCACACAGGAGAAAAACCCUAUAAAUGUAACGAAUGUGGAAAAGCCUUCAUUGCUUCUUCAUCACUUAUGGUACAUCAGAGAAUUCAUACUAAGGAAAAACCUUAUCAAUGCAAUGUCUGUGGAAAAUCUUUUAGUCAGUGUGCCCGUCUUAAUCAACACCAACGAAUUCAAACUGGAGAGAAACCUUAUAAAUGUAGUAAAUGUGGGAAAGCUUUUAGUGAUAAAUCAAAACUUUCAAGACACCAGGAAACUCAUAAUGGUGAGAAACCUUACAAAUGUAAUGAUUGUGGGAAAGCCUUUAGGAAUAAGUCAUAUCUUAGUGUACAUCAGAAGACCCAUACUGAAGAGAAACCAUACAAAUGCAAUGAGUGUGGGAAAUCUUUCAAGAAUACCACAAUUUUUAAUGUCCAUCAGAGAAUUCAUACUGGAGAGAAACCCUUUAGAUGUAAUGAAUGUGGGAAAGCCUAUAGAAGUAAUUCAAGCCUUAUUGUACAUAUCAGAACUCAUACAGGAGAAAAACCCUAUGAGUGUAAUGAAUGUGGAAAAGCCUUCAACCGCAUAGCAAAUUUCACAGAACAUCAAAGAAUUCAUACAGGAGAGAAACCUUAUAAAUGUAAUGAAUGUGGAAAAGCAUUUAUUAAUUAUUCAUGCCUUACUGUACACCACAGAAUGCAUACAGGAGAGAAACCCUACAAAUGUAACGAAUGCGGAAAGGCCUUUAUGCGUUCUUCAUCUUUAAUCAUACAUCAUCGUAUUCAUACUGAAGAGAAACCUUAUCUAUGUAGCGAAUGUGGGGAAUCCUUCAGAAUAAAGUCUCACUUAACUGUACAUCAGAGGAUCCAUACUGGGGAGAAACCAUAUAAGUGUGCUGAUUGUGAGAGAGCAUUCACUAAAAUGGUAAAUCUCAAGGAGCAUCAGAAAAUUCAUACUGGAGUGAAGCCCUAUACAUGUUACGAUUGUGGGAAGUCCUUCAGAACUAAGUCAUACCUUAUUGUUCAUCAGCGGACCCAUACUGGAGAAAAACCAUAUAAAUGUAAUGAAUGUGAUAAAGCUUUCACUAAUACAUCACAGCUCACUGUGCAUCAAAGAAGGCACACAGGAGAGAAACCCUACAAGUGUAAUGAGUGUGGGAAGGUUUUUACAAGUAACUCAGGUUUCAAUACCCAUCAGCGAACACAUACUGGAGAGAAACCAUUCAAAUGUAACGACUGUGGGAAAGCAUUUAGCCAGAUGGUGCAUGUCACAGAACAUCAGAAAAUCCAUAGUGGAGAAAAGCCCUAUAAGUGUGAUGUCUGUGGAAAAGCCUUCAGGAGGGGUUCAUACCUCACGGUGCAUUGGAGAACACAUACUGGAGAAAAGCCCUAUACCUGUAAGGAAUGUGGAAAAGGUUGUAUUACUCUAUCACAGCUAACUCUACAUCAGAGAAUCCAUACUGGGGAGAGGCCAUAUAAAUGUGAAGAAUGUGGAAAAGCCUUCAGAACUAACUCAGACUUCACUGUACAUCUGAGAAUGCAUACUGGAGAAAAACCCUAUAAAUGUAAUGAAUGUGGGAAAGCUUUCAGGAGUAGCUCAAGUCUUACUGUACAUCAAAGAAUACAUCAGAGAGAUGCUCAGUUAGUAUAGAGAACAAUAAGUCAUUAGUCCAUGUGUCAAUUCGUAAGAAGACUACUAGAAACUAAGUUUUAUGAAUAUAGGAAAAACUUCAGUAGAAAUUUACUAAAAAAAUACAUUUAAAAGACUAUAAAUAUAAUGUGAAAA